GAUGUCGAUAAAGCAGCUCCCUUUCUAGCCUGAUACGUCAAAAUCUAACCACAAAAAAGAAAAAUAUUUCAAAAUAACUAAUUAUGGCGAACGCGCUGUUAAACGCGAUUUUAAAGCGAUCACUAAAUAAUCCCGUUCAACUGAUAAAAAGCGUCGCCGCAAUCCAUACGAGCCAAGAUAGAAAGGCGGCUCGUUGGGCCCCCGACAGUGAAUGGUUCCAACAAUUUGAAGGACCCGUUAUUUUUCAUAAUGAGGUCACUCAAACGUGGGCUUUACCGCCGUGGAAUGCGCAACUUGCUCCAAUUGAAAAAGCUGUGAAGAAUUUAACGAUUAAUUUUGGACCUCAGCAUCCAGCCGCUCAUGGUGUAUUACGAUUAGUUUUGGAAUUAGAUGGGGAGGUUGUAAAACGAGCUGAUCCACAUAUUGGUUUAUUACACCGUGGAACUGAGAAAUUAAUUGAGUAUAAAACCUACACCCAAGCACUUCCAUACUUUGAUAGGUUAGAUUAUGUUUCAAUGAUGUGUAACGAGCAAUGUUACAGUCUUGCAAUUGAAAAGUUAUUAAACAUAGAUGUGCCAUUACGUGCUAAAUAUAUUCGAGUACUUUUCGCUGAAAUAACUCGUAUUUUAAAUCAUAUCAUGGCCAUUGGGACACAUGCUUUAGAUGUAGGAGCUUUAACCCCGUUUUUCUGGCUGUUUGAGGAACGUGAAAAAUUAAUGGAAUUUUAUGAACGCGUUUCCGGCGCUAGAAUGCACGCCGCUUAUAUUCGUCCAGGAGGUGUUUCUUUAGAUCUUCCAUUAGGACUUUUAGAUGAUAUCUACGAAUUUAGCCAGCAAUUUAAUGAACGUAUCGACGAAGUGGAAGAUGUUUUAACGGCUAAUCGUAUUUGGGUGCAAAGAACGAAAGAUGUUGGCAUUGUCACUGCAGAGGAAGCUUUAAAUUUAGGUUUUAGUGGGGUUAUGUUACGCGGAUCGGGUAUUAAAUGGGAUUUGCGCAAAACUCAACCUUACGAUGCUUACGAUUUAAUCGAUUUUGAUGUUCCCAUCGGCGUUAACGGCGAUUGUUACGAUCGCUAUUUAUGUAGAGUCGAAGAAAUGCGUCAAUCUUUGAAUAUCAUCGAGCAAUGUUUGAAUAAAAUGCCUACGGGGGAAAUUAAAACGGAUGAUGCUAAAAUUACACCUCCAAGUCGAGAAGAAAUGAAGACUUCAAUGGAGGCUUUAAUUCAUCACUUUAAAUUAUUUUCACAAGGUUACCAAGUACCCCCUGGUGCUACUUACACUGCUAUUGAAGCGCCCAAAGGUGAAUUUGGGGUUUAUUUAGUUUCUGAUGGUUCUUCGAAACCUUAUAGAUGCAAAAUUAAGGCCCCCGGAUUUGCGCAUUUGGCUGCGUUGGAAAAGGUGGGGAAAAAUCAUAUGUUGGCUGAUAUCGUGGCGAUUAUUGGAACUUUAGAUGUUGUUUUUGGAGAGAUUGAUCGUUAAAUACGAGUUAGGGGAAAAAGGUGAAAUAAUUAUUUAAUUUUAUUAAUUAAUUAGAUGAUUUCAUGAAGUAUUGUGAGGAAUUUCUUAAGUUAAUGUAAAUAAAAUGAAAAAAGGUACAUACAUAACCUA